AAGUAUAAAACGAUGCUAUAGCACUGAGCUCUACCUAGUUGGUUUCAAGUAUAAAACUGUUAUAUAGCACUGUCCUCUACGACGUUUUAAACAUGUCCGCUCUGGUGAACUCAAUGCAGGAUUUGGACACAAUUUCCAAGCGAUUGAAAUAUUUAUCGGAAGCCGCGCCAGAAAAAGAACUGUUCGUGUUCUACAGUGAAGACGGUCGACGUGCCUUGACAGCGCUGGAAGUCUAUCAGAUGUCUGGACGGUUCGCCAACAGACUCAAACAGGAAGGUUUCCAGCGCCAUGAUGUCGUCUGCAACACACUGCCCAACUCUCCAGAGCGGGUCAUCACUGACCUUGGCAUUCUGUUUGCUGGGUGUACGCCCAUGAACGCUCAUGCCCUGCUUGCCGACGGCUCUGAUUUGUUCCAUGUCCUGAAAGUGAGCAAAUGUCGAGCAGUGAUUGUGUCUGACGAGGCCAACUCUAACGCCCACAAAGUCCUGCAGCCUUUCUGCAAGAGCGACUCUCCUCACGUGUUUAAUGCCCUUCACCACAAGGAUCUGCCUUCUCUGACCUCAACCAUUGUCGUGUCUCGGAAAUCUGAAUGGUCAAGGCCGGCUUUCUUAGACCUUGUGAGAUCACCAGACCUCGAGACUUUUGUGGAGACCGUGGGACCGUCAGAUCUCGCGAUGAUCUUUUGUACUUCCGGCAGCACCGGCUACUCUAAACUCGUGGCCCGGACACACACGGAGGUUUUUCAGCUUAACAUCGCCUGGUCGCUCAAGAUGAACCCUGGUCAAUCCGUGUCCCACCCCCUGGAGAAUACAGAGAAAAGAUUUGAUGACCGUCAGUUAGGCUGGAUUGGAGGCUACCCCUGGGCCACAUUUAGUAACGGCGACUCCCGAGUUCUGCUGGACGUGUUCCAGAAACCAUGCAGUGUCAAGGUCAAGUGGGACGCGUGCAUCAAAGAGAAGUGCGUGACCUUGUCCUUGUUCUCUAGAGAGGUCGACCCGGUGUUUACUUAUGCCUCCAGUCAGGGCACGCUGGGGCAGAAGAUGGUCAUCAUAACUGGAGGGCAGCCUCUGCCUAAGCCACAAUUAUCAAAGAUGUUGAAACUGGCAGAUGAAAUUUUCUUAGCUUAUGGAUCAACAGAAGUGAUGUUUGUAUCAACAUUAUUUAUCAGAGACGGUGACUACGAACCGUUCAACUGCGGCAAGACAGGACCGGAAUGUGAAGUGAAGGUCGUAAAUGCAUCAGGAGAGGUUUGCGGCCCCAAGGAGUUUGGAACCAUCUACGUCAGGGGACAGUUUGUACUGAAAAAAUAUUUCAACCAACUUGACGAGCCUGGCCAGCAGACGACCAAAGCCUUCACGUCUGACGGCUGGUUCAACAUGGAUGACUACGGCUGUUUGGACGAGGACGGUCGUCUGUUUGUCGUCGGUAGGAAUAAUGACGUCAUCAUGUACGGGGCUUUUGUGGUCUAUCCUGGGUGGAUUGAAAAGAAAAUUCUUGAACACCCGGAGAUUCAUGAUGUAUUCGUAGUGCCGGUAUCUGAUCCUGAGUUGUAUCAUAGGAUCUGCGCAUGUGUAAAAUUGUCAGCCGGUAGUCAACUUACGACAGAGGAUUUGAGGCGAUAUAUUGACAGUUUGUUCUCGACUACACAAAGAGAAAUGACACCAGUUCCAGACUUUAUAAUGCUGUUGAAAGAUUUACCUGUGACCAACACGGGGAAACCCAGCAGAACAGAGAUCAGACAAAUGGCUGAGGAGAAAUUUGGGAACAAAUCUUAGUGCAGCCAUAGCUACAAUACGUGGGUGGGUGGUACAUGGAUAAUAUCAGGACUAAAUCAUAUAACUGAAUAGAUUUAUUACUUUCAAU